CAGAGUCCUUGAAACCAACUCUAGGCAUUAACUCCACAAUUUCUAACGCCGUAUUGGCGAAAUUUCUAUGUAUAUCACCCCAUUCAAGCUCCAUUAUUAAUAGAGUUGUUAGGAUUUGGUAAAACCUGUUCAUCUUAUGCUAAGCCCUGAACCCUCCCGUCUUCUAAAGGGUUCAACCUGUUUUGAACGCGAAAGUUCAAACAUCAGGAACAGGCGUUUUCCCUCUGCCCCGAUGAGCAUCCACAGUUUUAAUAAGGAAACUGUGAUUUUAUAGUUUCAUAUAGGGCGAAAAAUCUGGGAUUUGCUGGCAUUGAACGCCUUACAGGCUGUCCCGAAUAUAUACACGCUCAUCUUCGAUCGUCGAUGUGGCUUAUUGGGGAAAAGUGAUGAAAGAAAUAACUUUCAGAUCAUUCGGCUACCGAGAUCUUUCAUUCUAUAUGAUUGCAAUUGUAUACACACAGACCAUUGCUAAUUGUUGCAAAAGGGAAGCAAUUGAAAGACUGCGAAGUAGCAACUAAACUAUUUUGAUUUUUAAACAUAGAGCAUCCCCAGGCUUUUACCCUCCGCCUUACAUUCUCUAUGUCUUCUUCAAAGAGACAAAAACUUGAGCCUCAGUUACCCCAGUUCCACAACAAAUACUACCCGUCGGAAAUUACCGACAAACAGGUGGCCCAAAGGUACCUCAAGGAUGAGAACAAGCCAAUCAACGUGUUGAAUGACAUUCGCAUUCAUCAAACCAAAAGCCUUGAGCCAGGCAAGGGGGUAGUGCACUUGUUUAACAAUGACUUGAGAGUUUCAAAUAAUAAGGGCUUUUACGAGGCUGGAAAGCUCAAGGCGGACUUUCAAGUGCCGUUAAUCGGGCUUUUCGUGUAUUGCCUUGAAGAGCUAUACUGUCACUCCAUAAGUAAUUUUCAGCUCAGGUUCAAACUAGACACUUUGGAUGUGCUCCAAAAGUCAUUGGGUGAAAGGAAUAUCCCUUUGGUGGUGUUGAAGAUUGACAGAAAGGCAGACUAUACGGAGUCAAUCAGUAACUUUAUGUCGUCAAACCUGUUUAAUCAUUUGACAGCAAAUAUCAGUUACGAAGUGGAUGAGUUAAGAGACUUUGUGCAUUUACAUCAACAGGAGAAGUUCAGCUUCCUAUCAUUUCACGAUACUUGUGUAGUAGAACCAGGGUUGUUAGCAUCAGGUAAAGGAACUCAGUACUCGGUGUUCACGCCUUGGAGUAAGGCUUGGAACAAGUAUGUUAAUAGUCAUUCUAUCGACGAUUUUCCCGCCCCUGAACCCAAUGCCCCCUCAGCUGCAAACAAGUUUGAUUAUGAAGCUCCUUUGGUUCCAAAGAACAAAGAGUUGAACAGCGUGCAAUUGAAAAACUAUGAAAAUUUGUAUGAACCAGGAGAAUUGGCUGCAAACAUUAAACUACUGGAAUAUCUCAAGUCAGAAAAGAUUAUGAAAUAUGAAGAGAAGCGUAAUCAGCUUGACGAGGAUGUAGGAUCACAUAUCAGUCACUACAUUGCCAAUGGGAGUUUGAAUUGUAGAACUAUUGUCAAGGAGAUCCUUAAGACUGAUUUGUUGAAACAGGUAGAUCAAGGAAAUAAGAGUGCAAUCCAGUGGGUAAGACAAGUUUCUUGGAGAGAUUUUUAUAAACAUGUUCUUUGUAACUGGCCUCAUGUCAGCAUGUUUAGGCCCUUCCAUUUGGAAUACUCUGACAUCAAGUGGGAGUAUAAUCAAGAUCAUUUUGAUGCAUGGUGCAAGGGGCAAACGGGAUAUCCUAUUAUCGAUGCAAGUAUGAGGGAAUUGAAUCAAACUGGAUUCAUGAGCAAUAGGAGCAGAAUGAUUGUGGCCAGUUUUAUCUCCAAACAUUUACUUUUAGACUGGAGAUAUGGAGAACAAUUCUUUCUGGAAUCCCUUAUCGACUGUGAUUUUGCAUCCAACAAUGGAGGUUGGGGAUUCAGCUCAAGUACAGGCGUUGAUCCUCAGCCUUAUUUUAGAAUUUUCAACCCUUACUUGCAGUCAGAAAGGUUCGAUCCACAUGGUCACUAUAUCAAGAAGUGGGUUCCGGAAUUGGCUGAGGUGGAUGAAAAAGACAUUCAUCAGCCCUACUCAAAGAACAAUUAUUCAACAAUAAAUGACUAUCCUUUUCCCAUAGUUGAGCAUAAAUUUGGCAGAGAAAGAGCGUUGCAACGAUACAAAGAAGCCAGAUACUGA